AGAUCGACUCACGCUACGAGAAACAUGAAGAGUAUUACAAUCCUGAUGAUGUGCUGCAUCACUGCUGUGUGUGUGAGCGCAGGUCUUACUGAUUCUUCACACACAAAAUCAGUGAUUGCUGCAGAAUCUCCCAGUGAUGAAGGUGUGUUUGUGAAGCGUGACAUGGCGUCCACUCUUGUGAGACAGAGAAGAGCUGGAGUGGCUCCUGCAGAUCUGUCUGUGGCUCAGCUAGAGAGUCUCAAAGAAGUGUGUGAAGCAAACGUGGCGUGUGAACACAUGAUGGACACUUCUGGAAUCAUCGCUGCCUACACUGCAUACUACGGGCCCAUUCCCUACUAGAGCGACAUCUCAUCAACCCUACAGCGACAUCUUUAUGAGCAUCUGACAAAAAUCAUUAAAAAACAUUAUAGCUGACGCAAUAAUGCAUGUCUUUUCUAGCCAUCAUGUGAUUAAAAAUCAAAAUAAAAUACUACAAUAUGA